CUAGAACCUAAUUCUUGGAAAAUUUAUAGGCAUGAGGCGCCACCGAGAUCUGAGGAAAGCGCGUGUCUUGGGCGAGAUUUACCACUUUGGGGAGCGUAUUCGUGCUUUUCACUCGUGAUACUUUUCUAUGCGCUUACAUCCUAUCUCCACCCCAUUUUUUAAUAUAACUUUCUUGUUUUUAAAAAUUUUGAAUUUCUUUAUGAAGACUUCGAUUAUGGGACUCUAACGUCCAUGAGUAGGCCUAUGAGAAAGGGUGAGAAAGCGUUCUUUCAUCCUUCUGUAGUUGACUUGCUCACUCCUACAGCCAAAUGGUGAAUGGAGGGUAAGGCGUGAAAAGAAAUGGCAGAGGAUGUGCACAAAACACAUACUACCCCAACCAAUCCUACUAUCGGGAUGGUACGCAAGUCAAAGCAUGCAAGCUCUACAAGCUAAGUCCCCAUCAGUCGAAGCAAAGCAUUUGUGCCAAGAUGAAGAUGGUACUUGGAUGGUGGCCCAUAAAUUCUCGAGUGUUGUUGGUCCUUUGAGCGUUGCUGGGGUGCAUUCUAUGUGCGGUACUCUCGGGGACUUGGAGCGAAAAUUUGAAGGUGCAUUCUUCUUAUUUGGUGACCCCUCGACCAUCACUCAUCUGAAGGGCGUCUUGAAUGUGGCAAGAGCGCUCUAUGAGCUUCUUAAUCCCCCCACCAUCGCUACCAACAACUUCACUAGGGCUUUCCUUUAGUCCAUGUUCCAUGCAAUUGCACUCUUUUAAUCUUGCUCUCAUGUGUUUGUCUUUUAAUAUCUACUUUGCAUACACAAUUCCUCUUUAUGAAAAUUGUAUUUCAGAUGCAACAACACAUGAAGGCAGUUGUCACUACUAGAAAUGCAGGUUAUCUGCAGUCAGUGCUCGACUCUGCUCAGGCAGAAGUAGGUGGCCUAACCACCUAAUUGGACAAGGCAAAAUAUACGGGUGGGGGGAAGUGGAAAGGUUGUUGUCCACAUGUUUGAAAGAUGAGCGUGAGAAGGUCGAGAAUGAUUUUACCUCCCGUCUUUCCACCAAAGCUACGAUCAUCGACACCCUAACAGCCUGCCAAAACCAAGUAAAAAAGGAGAAGGUAGUCGUGAAAGCCUUAGUUUGUGAUCUCCAAGAGAAGUUGGCACACAUUGACGCAGACUUUGCCUAGGCACGUUCCUCCAUGUGUGAUCAUCUGAAUUCAUGCACCUACUGGCAUAAGAAUAUUAUGGAGGAUGUUAAGCUCAAGACCAUCUACAUCAUGCCUAAAAUGGUGAAGGAAAAGAACCCCCCCCCAGCUGAAUUGCAACACCAUGGAUGUAUAUAUGGAUGUGUUGAACCACUUCCAUAUGGCGGCUGAUGGAGCAGAGCUGGUGCACUCUGACCUCGUGGUCUUUAGUGAAGACAAAGGUGGUGAGGUUCAAAGAGGUGGGCCUUCGGAGAUCAGACAUAGGGUGAUGGGCUUUCGGGUGACUAGGUGUAGGGUUAGAUUGUAUUUAUGGGUUUGCUUGUUUGAGCUUCCUCGUCCCCUUUUCUUUGUCUUAUGUUUGGAUUAAUAACCCGCUCGAGCGUUCUAAUUUAAUCGUUGUUCCUCACAUCUACCACUCCCUCCACAUCAAUUUCUGUUGUGUCUAUUUCUUCUUAACUCCGUUCUUGGAUUGGGCACGCAACGGUACGAGCACUUCCAAUUUAACGUUACCUUUGGAUAGUCAAUUCAAGGCAUUUAUAUACUCAAGAAAUGUCAUACUCGAUU